CGUGGGCAGCAUGUACGGUAGAAUGUAUCGGCGGACUGCCGAGUCGAGGAUGGUAACUUACGGUUUAUUAACGCCCUGAGCCACAUAGAGCCAUCGGGCAAAGUCUGCCGGUGAGACCGGGACGGUACAAUGAGUUGACUCUGCAGCUUGCUACGGCUGCAAGUCAUGUCCAAUCUCCUAGACUCCUAUACUAAAGCUACAAAUGCAACAAGCAAAAAGUUGAAACUAAUGAUACAUGCCAUACUCAUCCCAAUGUGUUUGCAUUAUUGUAACUGGCGUGCAACUGACUCUGGAGACUAACACGACGAAGAGCUGGACUUUGGGUUUGACUGCUAGACAUAUUAUUAAUUUGUGGGCGCUGGAUUGUGCUAUUGCUUGGCGUAGCUUGGUGGCAUCUUCCAACUUGGCAAUAUCAGAAGCCCAUGCGUUGCCUGCAGUUGCCGCAGCCUUCGUCGUGGUCUCCAGAGGGCAUGGUUGUGCCCAUGUCAGUGCAUGCCUGUGUAGGGGUCAAGAGAUGUUGGUUAGUAGGCCAUUAAAAAACUCCUCCGGUAGAGGAGAAAAAGGUACCACGAUAUAGCGAGCAACUCUGAUUUGCUGCUUGGGCGUGACCUGGCAUGAGAGCCUCGAGCAAACCCAAGGUGGUCAAGAAUAAUAGCGCUUUCAAAGUUGGCAAUUGGUCAGAGCAUGAAGAAGACCCUCAUUCGGAAAGAAUUGCAGCAAUGCCUGGCACUUCUUUUCUCAACCAACGUGUAUGCUAAAUGGAGGAGACACGCAAGACUGGCCAUAUCCAAAACGGUAGCGCUUAGCCAAUGCGUGCACCAACAUCAGCGUUCCGUUGAUUUGUCUUGAGGUUAGUGUGGGCACAACUUUGAGUGGUAGGCUUGCUAGGCAUCAGCAUUUCCAGUGCAUUGCAAGUUAUCGCAGCCUGAGAUGCCACAAAGCAGAGCUGCGAUCAGGCAUUGCAAUCAGGCAAUGACUGGAUGCAUACCGUUUUCUCUUAUAGAAGGCAAAAGCUCAUUUUGCAUUUGGUUUGAGAGCCCCGCACUUUUGCCAGUCAGAAUUCUCGCAAUUGUAUUCUGGUAGAUAGCAAGAACCUGGGUGCCGACAGUGAGGUUUAGGCCCUCUCAAGUGCAAGUUCACAGCAUCUCUGAGCCAGUCAGGUCAGCAGUAGGUAGUGAGAAAGAGGAAACAAUGCUUCCCUGAGUUUGUAGAGCUGGCGGCCAGGCAGCCACCUUUUGAUCAGCUUGAGUGGCGUCAUGGCCCUUGCAAGUUGCUAAGCAGCGCUGCCAGUGCUAAUACCCGUUGUAGUACUGUUCCUUUUGGUGAAUAGCAGCUUCCUGAGUUUGGAUUGCACUGGCAGAUCUGAUUGACGGCCAUGUGCAGGAAGGUGGCAGGAAGCACACUCUAGGAGUUCUUGGCAGCGGAACCGACCGUUGCGGCGCAGCGCCAUGGUUGAAGCGGCAGCAAGCCAAAUAAAGUUCGG